UAUGGCCUUAUUAGUAGGACUACUAGCACGUUACCCUCCAUAACUCACCUCACAUUCAUAUUUCCUAUGCUUGCUUUCAUUACAAUUUUCACUUUCUUCUCUCUACUCAACAAUCAACGUGAUCACACCACCAUCAACGAUACCAACCUUCCCAUGGAGCUACUAGACAAAGCCAAAAACUACGUUGCUGAGAAAAUCGGUGAAAUGCCGAAACCAACGGCGAGUAUAACCGACGUUGAUUUCAAGCGCGUGAGCCGCGAGAGUGUUGAGUAUUUGUCUAAGGUCAAUGUUUCAAAUCCUUAUUCAACUUCAAUUCCAAUCUGUGAAAUCACCUACUCCUUCAAAAGUGCUGCAAGGGAGAUAGCAUCAGGGACAGUACCAGAUCCAGGAUCAUUGAAGGCAAGUGACACAACACUGCUUGAAGUGCUGGUGAAAGUGCCUCAUAGCAUAAUUAUUAGUUUGGCUAAGGAUAUUGGUGCUGAUUGGGACAUUGAUUAUCAAUUGGAUAUUGGUUUGAUUAUUGAUCUUCCUGUUAUUGGCAAUUUCACUAUUCCUCUUUGCCAAAAGGGUGAGAUCAAGCUUCCAACAGUUUCAGACAUGUUUGUUUAGUUUGAUCCAAACAACGUUAAACUAUAAAAUAAAAUGAAUAAUAAUGUUGUCAAUUUUCUGUUUAUCAGUGUGAUUGUACUUUUUAUAUUAUAGAGAUGUUAUAAUACUAAACGUUACUACAGUAUUUGGAAUCAAUGUUUUGAAUGGAAGUUUACUUAACUGUUAUGCUUAAUAGGAAUGAGUACACUUCCAUUGGAGAACUAAUAGGCUUAUGUAAUAUGUAGAAUCUUGUUUAUUUGGUGAAGAAGUGAAGAAAAAAGACAAAAUCAAGAAUAUAGAGACACUUUGUCCAAGAGUAUUAUGUAAUUGAUAAUACAUUCACAA